AUGGCCGACGAGGACGACAGCCUGUCCAUCUACGACGAAAUCGAGAUCGAGGACAUGACGUUUGACGCCGCCCUGCAGACGUACUUUUACCCAUGCCCGUGCGGUGACCGCUUCCAGAUUGCGCUCGACGACCUACGCGACGAGCAAGACGUCGCCGUGUGUCCAAGCUGCAGCCUGAUGAUCCGCGUCAUCUUCGACCUUGACGACUUGCCCAAGCCGCCGCCCGGACCCGCGAACCCGAUUCCGAUCGCUGCGUGA